AGCCGCCGUAGGAAGCCCGGAAGUGAAAACAUGUCCGUGAGACGUCAGUUCUCACGCCCAUGAGAAGCUCUGCAGCUGCUGUCAGUGCAUUAAAGAGUUACACAGAGAGACGGGACAACGCGAUAUUCACCCGGACACAUGUUCAUCGGAUGUGUUUGUGCAAAAAAUGGCCUCCAAGGUGGUUUAUUCGCAUAGAGAUCCAAUGCUGAAGAAGAGGGAUGACUUUGAGGACAUGCUGGAGGAGAGGAGGACAACCAGUGACCUGAGAUACGCGCUCAAGUGUUACACUCCUGCUCUCUAUAAAGGACUGACGCCUUGUAAAUCCAGCGAACUCAAAAACAUGGUGCUGCAGUCGGAUCAGCUGCUUUAUGUCAUCAAUCAGCUUUCCAAAGAGACGGGCACGUCAACAGACGAGAUCGAGGCGGAGGCAUCGGCCAUCUUGGAGGAGAUGGCUCACCGCCUGCAGCUCAGCACAGUCCGCUUCUUUGCUUUUGCCCUCAGCAAAGUCUUCAAGACUGUGUUCAGGAGCAUCUGCGUCAACGAGGAGGGCAUCCAGAGACUCCAACAGGCCAUCCAAGAACACCCGGUGGUUCUUCUACCGAGUCACCGCAGCUACAUGGACUUCCUCCUCAUGUCAUACAUCUUAUACACGUAUGAUUUAGCUCUACCAGUCAUUGCUGCCGGCAUGGACUUCAUGGGGAUGAAGGUCGUCGGCGAGAUGCUGCGCAUGUCCGGAGCUUUCUUUAUCCGGCGGUCGUUUGGGGGAGAUAAACUUUACUGGGCUGUUUUCUCGGAGUACGUCAAGAUCAUGCUGAAGAAUGGGUAUGCGCCAGUUGAGUUCUUUCUUGAAGGCACGAGAAGCCGAACGGCCAAAUCCCUGACUCCAAAGUUAGGUCUGCUGAAUAUCGUGCUGGAUCCCUUCCUGAAGGGAGAAGUGUUCGACGUGAACCUGGUCCCGGUCAGCAUCAGCUACGAGAGGAUCCUGGAGGAGACGCUCUAUGCCAGAGAGCUGCUGGGCGUCCCCAAGCCCAAAGAGUCCACCUCAGGUUUGUUUAAAGCCAGGAAGAUCCUGAGUGAGGACUACGGCAGUAUCCACGUGUAUUUCGGUCAGCCUGUUUCUGCUAGAAGUUUAGCUGAAGGCAGAGUUAACCGCUCACAGUUCAACCUGAUACCAAGGCACAUCCCCAGGAAGCCUGCAGAGGAAAUCCAAGACUUCGUCAACGACUCGGCCUACAGGUUGGUCCGAGCUCAGGAGGAGAACAUGGUGCUGAAGCCCUGGGUCCUCCUGGCCUCCUUGCUGCUCCAGAACCAGGCUGCUGGGAGCAAACAGGGGAUGCAGCUGGAGGAGCUGACGGACCAAGCCGUGUGGCUCAGGGACCUCUCCCGGCAGUUUGGAGCCUUCCUUCACUGGCCUGACAACAUUCCUCCCUCUAAAGUCGUUUCCUGCAGCCUUUCCCUCCAUCAAAGCCUUGUGAGGAUCUCUGAGGGAAGAGUCCAGUUGACUUUAGAACAAGCAGGAGGUCGAGCGGAUCCAGGGUUGCCUCUGCCUGCGGUGACGCCAGAGGAGGAGCUGCUGAACCGGGCCGUCAUCGUUCUCUCCUGCGCCUCCUACAGGAACCAGGCGCUCCAUGUCUUCAUCCGACCCGCGCUGCUGGCCUCCGCCGUCCACGCCGCGUCCGUCAACAGGAAACAGGAGAUCUUUAACACCUUCAGCUUCUUAAGGAACAUGUUUUCUGACGAGUUCAUCCUUCGCCCUGGCGCUGAAGUGCAGGACUUUGAAGAGGCUUGUUACCUUCUGGUGAAAAGCGGAGCUCUGCAGAUCAACCAGCAGCAGGUUCUGGUCACGGACAGAGGUCACAGGACGCUGGCCUUUCUCACAAGUAUCCUGGAUCCUUUUGUGCAAGGAUAUCAGAUGGUGUGCAGGUUUCUUUGUGAGGAGGCCGCCGAGGGUCUGACUGAGAAACUGUUUGUUCCUGCAGUACGGAAGUUCAUCACCAAACAUCUUCUAUCAGGGAGAUUAAAAUACGCUGAGGUUUUAUCAUCGGACCUCCAGAAGAACGCCUUAGCAGCUUUACUGAGACUUGGAGCUGUGCAGAGACUCAGAGGAAGAGGUGAGCAGGGGGCUCUAAAGGUCAACACGGUGAUGGUGAACUCACUGGAAGACACUCUGGGAGGAAAACUCCCCACUCAGAAGCCCGUCGCUGCCCGGCUUUAAUACAUUGACCUAUACAUUCAGCGCAGCGUGGCGGUGUCGCUCCUCUUAAAGCGGAAACUUGAACCGGUUUUUGUUCAAACUUGUUUUUUCUCUUCUCCUCUGAUGUUUUUCAGGCUUUCAAUUAGGCUUUUUAUAAACCUGCAUUAACACCGGAUGAAUGAGGUCUAAAAAGGUUUAACCAGUGAAUAACGGAGAACGUCUGAAUUAAUUCAGGAGGAUGCCCGUUCCCUGUUCUUUGUCAUUGCUUUUUACAUGUUCUCUCACCUUCUUGAGUGGCUUUUAUUUGUCUUUAUAUGAGUCGGCUCUUCCUCUGUCUGCUUUUUCUCCUUUUUGAGGCACUUUUCUGGAUCUACUAAUGCAGUGUGGUGUGGACCUAUAUAUGUGACAGUUUAUUAUUAAACAAUCAAAUUCAGAAGUUUGCAUACAGUCAGUGCUGGCAUGAAUUACCGUUUUCCUGGGUCCUUUUUUUAGGGUGGAACAACUAUAUUUUUAAAAAGACUUGAGUGCAAAUUUAUGAUGCAUUUUCUCUAAUUCAGUUAUAACUUCUCAGUUAUAACUACAAUGUAGCUUGGCUCAUAGCAUUUGGUUAAUUAUAAUCGACAAUAUGCCCAUUGUAGCUACUGACAAGCUUCUGGCACAGUUCUGUUUGCAUGUGUGCCCACUCCUCUUAGAAUCAGGAGAGUUGGUUUUAAAUUGGUUUGUUUUCUGGUGCAGGCCAGACUUUUAACGACAGUCUGCACAUUUUCUACUAAAAUGGGGUCUGGGCUUUCUCAGAAGCUGUUUCAUCCACUUUAAAACUGGUUUGGUUGUGUGUUUGAGGUCAUUGUCGUGGCGGAUCACCCAUUUCUGUCCAAGUUUCAGUCAGCUAGCGUUUCAAUUUAGGUGAAAGAAUAUCCAUAUGGUGCAACAUACCAAUGGCAUCUAAACCGGCCCACAGCAUGGCGCUGCCACCACCAUAUUUAAAGUAUAGGGCGCAGUCUGUUUAGGUUUGAAAGCCUCAUUUUGACUUCUUCAAACAUGCUUAAAUUUCAGUUAAGCUUUUAGGGGAUUAUUGGAGAAAAUUAGCUACUUUCUUGGUCUGCGUCAUCGAAGUGGCUUCGCUGUGAACCGUAACACCAGUUUUCCAGUUUCCACUAGUAGCAGGAGCACCAGAGAUCGCCUUGAGCUUCUUUGGGUCCCAGUAGAGCUGCACAAUAUGUCGAAUGUCACUCGACAUUGCAACAUCAGUGGAUGCAGAGUUGGAUUUGCAAAUGAGUUCUUGGAUGUAAUAUUUGGUAGGAUAUUGUAUUUUGAGUGCCUUGCACCUUAAUCUUUGGUAGGAUAGACUUUCACUGAGUUUGUUGCCUAUAUUUCAUGUAUAUUUUUUAGCGCUAAUGCUCAUGGAGGAAAGUUGUGACGAAGGAAAAGAGUUAAAAAAAUGUGGCUUUAUCGAUAUCCUCAUUGCAAUAUUCAGGAACAGCAACAAGUUUAAAUUUUUUCCUCUCAUCAUGGAGCCCUAGUUCCUGCGUUGCUCCUAACAACUUUCCUUUCAACGGACAUGGACGUCUUUAGGUCAGGUGGCUUUACACUUUAGGGUGUUCUAACACUUCAUUGAGAUCCGAUGCACAUCCAAACUGCUGUUUUUUUACUGGAUAAAACACUGAAGUUAGCCUCAAUCCCAUGGUUAAAAGUUGGGUCAGGUCCAGGAUACUAACUAACUAACUAACUUAAAAAAAAAAAAAAAAAAAAAAAAAAACACGGCCAAAGUUCCUGUAAGAAUUUUGCAAGAAAUUCCUUAAUGGCUACUAAACCAUGAAGCUUAGAUGCACAGAUACUAGUGGCCCUUUAUUGACAUAUUUGAGCCAGCUGUGAUUAGAGAAACUUAAAAAUAAAUUUUAACUUUUGCACCCAGUGUUUGUUUUUAAGUUGUUACACCCUGAUAAAUGUAAUGUCAAAAUAACUUAGAAAACCCUAAAAUCUGUCAUUCAUGCUCAUGAGUGCAUAUAAACAUCUGAGCCGAGCUGUAUGCAUUUAACCUUUUGUCAGACUUGUUUAAUCUCGUAUUUUUGUUAAGUUUUCUAUAUUUAAGAAAUGGGGCACAGGUUUGAGUUGUAUCAGAACAAUACUGUCUACUUUUGUAUUUUUAUUUAAUAUGAACCUGAUUCUGGUUUGCCAUCCACCUUUUAGGCUUGUUGUCGUCUCGCCACAGUGACAAAAAACAAACUGCAGUCAUUUUUUUUUUUUUUAUUUUUUUUUUACAAAAUAUAAUGCCAGAUUUAACACAGCCAAAUGUUACAUGAAACCACUCGCCAAAGAAAUAUUUUUGAUUUUUUUCGUAUGUUGUUGGGAUUCAUUUGUCAUAUUAUGUCUCAUGUUGUCAAAUUUACAAAAUAUUGAAUGUGUUCAGAAUUUAUUUACAUUAUUUAAAAGGUGAAUACGUUGUUAGUUUUUCUACUGAGGAGCAGAUAGGUGAUUUGUAGGUGAAAUUUAUAUAAAUGUCAGUAAAGCAGGAAAGGAUUUUGACAGAGUUUUACUCAUGGAAUCCAUCUUGAUUUUUCAUCUUUUUGUGUUGAUGUUGAUGAAUUAACUUUAGACUCGUUUAAGUGAAAAUCUCAAGGUCUGUUUGUUCAUUGAAUAUCUCAUUAAAAUCUCAUCCCUGUACAAACAGCAGAUUGAGGGUUUACUGAAAACAGCCUGAACUGCUUUGUCGGCAGAUACCAUCUUUUACCUUUGAGGUAAGACGUGGUCAAAAGUCACCAGUCCUCACAAUUUGUCCAAAUUUCUGCUGCAUCCAACAUCCAACUCUGAGAUUAAACCCUUAUAUUUCGUAAAAUAUCAUUGCUAAAGACAUUAAAUGGAAAAUUUUGCGUAGUUAUUAGCAAAAUCUAAAGAUCCUCUUCAUUCCUGGAAAAAAAAUCUAAAGUUCUGUCAAUAGGAAAAUCAGAAAACUUUGAAACUUGACCUAUUUAUAACUAUCUUAUUUAGAGGCUGAAAUAAAUAAGCAUAUUUUGUGAAGCAACACGUCUUGGUACCUAGAUAAAAGGUUUUGGGUGGUCAAAGAAUUCCCACAUGUCUUUCUUUUUCAAAAAUAUCUGUGCAUAUAGAUACAGGAUGUAAAAUUUAAAAUCUGCUCUUGCGUCAACACAGUCGGUUACCUUUGGUUGGCUUUCCUGUCUUCAGUUACCCAUGCAGUCUAAGUACCUCCAAAGAUCUCUAACCAACUCAGAAAAGUUGGUUAGAAAAUACUGCUUCAUCAUGUUAGCCGCUUCGAGGGGUUAACAUGCUGAGGUGAGUGAAACUUCAUCAGUGCAGACAGAGCAUCUGCAUGGAGUAGCAUGAUAAUAAUAAGUUACGGCAUUACUGGCUCAUAACAUUUGUAGCAGUGGUGCAUAUAUGCAGCAAAUAUGGAACAAUCCAUAGCCCCCCGCAUCAUUUAAAUAUUAAACUGCACAUGCCACAGUAUCACGUUUGAUUAAUAAAAGUGGUGCUGGACCAUUAUUUACUUAAACCUUUGCAUUAUAAAACUUACAGGAUUUCAAGGCAAAUGUGCAAUACAGUGGAGGAGGUACAACAUUAAACAAGCUUUCUAAACUUACUAUUUGCCUUGGUGCUAUUAAACAUUUAUACAUUUAGAAAGAAACUAAUGAAAUUUAGGAUAUGUCCGCUUAUGUUUUACAAAGCUGUGUUGAAGUAUGUCGUAAAAUAGGUUAUACACUACAAUACUCUAAAAUUUUAGUUGUAAUUGUGCACAUGUCAACUUAAAUUUACUACACAUAUGGGCAUUAAAAAGGACCCGAGAGGCUGAAAGAUCCCAGCAAUAGUCUUUCUGACUCUUUUCCAUCUUCAAAAAUAAUUUUUUUGUUUUUGUGAAAUGUGACCCAACAUCAAAAUUACACCUCUUGGGGCUUUAAACCUAUAGUUUGCGGAUUAAAAAAGACCCCAAAAUCAGUUGGACUGGUUUAUAAUUUCAGUGUUUUUGCUCACCGAAUCGGCAGCUUUUAAUUUAUGCAACAAAGAACAAAAUUCCUUUAAAUUGUCUGUUUAAACUGCCCUGUGAACUUGUCAAAUCUUUGAGACGUAAUGUUCUAUAUGCAAAGAAAGUAUCAAACUUCUCAAGUCAUGGUAUAUAUAUAUUGUACAUUUUUAAACAAAGGGAAGAUCAGGCUGUUUUUCGGUAUAUUUAUUUAAGAAUGUAUUUUCUAAAUGUAUCUGUUGCCUUUCAGUUACAUUUAUUAAGACAAAAAUGCCUUUCUGGAAGCAAAAUAUUUCCUAAUGGAGUGUUAAUGGAAGUGUUAAAUAUAUUGCAAAUUUCUUGCUGAACUGUAAAUAAUAGGGGGAAAAAAGUUGAAGAUUUGCUGUCCUAAAACAUGUUUAUAGUAGUUCCAGCUUAAUGUUCAUUGCAAAACUUAUUUUAUCCUCCAUUUUGGAAUCAAAGAAACUGUUUUCAUUGAUCUUCAUAACCUUAAAACCCUGCCGUAAGCGAACAACAGAAAAUUUAUUUUACCUGUACACGAGCACAGCAGCCAAAGUUCAGAUUUACCAUGUUUGUGGGUUUUUGUUUUUCACGUUUUGUUUGUUUUUAGCGUGUUUUUGCUUUGCAUUAACUGUGUUGCACUGUGAGGCCUUUUGCUGCCGAGCAUACAGGCUUAUGAGAUAAAAACGCAUCUAAUAAAGUGUUUUCAGAUACAGCU